ACCGCCCCACAGUCGACAUACUCUUUGGAAAAUAAGACUAAUUAUUUGUGCGAUUAUUUUGAGAAACAAGAUAAUAAUAAUAAUAAUAAUAACAAUAACAAUACUUCUAAUUCAAGUAAUAAUAAUCAGCAAGUUUGCUGUGACAACGAGUUUAAUUCAAUUGGUAUAAAUAAUAAUACUUAUUACUGUAAAAAUAACAAUUAUAGUAAUAACAAUAUUAAUACACAGAGUGAUAAAGAUAAACUACGUACAAGCGUUUGCUAUCAUAAUAAAACAGUAAUUACAAAUAAUAAUAAUAAUAAAAAUAAUAGCAGUAACAAUAACAACAACGGUUAUAACGAAGAGGACACUGAGGACGACCAACAGUUAUUGGCACGAGAUAAGUUUCAAAACAAAAAGCAUCAAGAGACAAUUAUAACAAACAGUUUAACAACCGCGUCAACGACAACUGCAGGUACAGCAAUUACAGGAGCAUCAGCAGCAGCAGCAGCAUCAGCAGCAGCAGCAUCUGCGGGUGCUGCGGCAUCUGGUACGACGUCGACAUUGUCGGCGUCACAAGGACGUUUUUGUGCUCCUGGUCAAGGUGUCGCGAUGCGAUAUUAUCGAUUAUGGAUAUACGCUUCUAAUAUAGUUCUUCUUGGGAGUGCUAUCGGUUUAGCAGCCGCGGUUGCCCGUACCCUGUUGUUCACCAGUGAUCCACGCCGGUAUUUGAUACCCGGAGUGCCAAGAGCACUUGACCCAACUGCAUUGUACGCUUAUCUUGCAUUGGCCACACAAUUGGGCCUGUUGCAAUUACUCGGUUGCAUAGCAGCGCGACGUCUCAGCGCUCGUCUGCUCAAUGCCUAUUGGCUGCUGCUUUUGGCCCUGCUCUUCGGUGAUACCAUUAUCGGAGUCGCCUGGAUAUUCCGGUUCGAGAGAAUAAGGGCAGAGUUGAGACCCAGUUUGAGGCUCAAGCUUCAACUUGAUUACGGAAGAGACUUACGGUUCAGCGACCAAUGGGAUCAAUUACAGCGGGAGUUCUCCUGCUGCGGUAUCGUCGGCCCCAGUGAUUUCGACGGUCAAUUUAAUUAUCCGGACUCUUGCUGUCCAGUGGUGGAAACAUUUGUCAAGGAUUCCAUCACCACGGCGACUGUUUUUGACAGGAGCUCCGGUCAAGGAAAUAUAAUUUACAAUAUCAACGAGACGAAUAUAAAUAUCGUGGGCAUUGGAACUGAUAAUGAUGCUGACGGCGGGAAUCUCGUUGACGAGGGCGGUGGGUGUCAGCAACCAUUUGCCAACGGCUGCGAAGAGUAUUUGAUGGGUUGGUUGCGCAAGACAGCCGAUUUAUUAUUCGUCCUGGGAUAUUGCGUGAUGGCCUUCGCUAAGCUCUGCUUUCUCGGGAUUCUCAGAUACGAAAUAAGAGAAAUGAUCCAGAAGAUCAGACUUCUGAGGGAACCACCGCCCCCUGCUACCUCCCAGUAUAUUCAAUCACUCUGCCAGCCUGUCCACGCACCCGCGCCAAUCCCCGCGGCAACAACUGCCGCGGCUACUACCAUGACGGCGUUGACGGCAGCUACCACGACCAAUACCACGACCAUGAUGAUGAUGACCGGGUCUGAUCAAAGGGGUAGUUGCGGUGGUGGUGAUAGUGCUGCAGCAAUGCCAUCCAUCACAGGUAUGAGUGACUCUCUGGACAAUAGUAAUGUGUAUUAUGCCAGUGGUGGUGGUGGUGGUGGUGGUGGUAGUAGUAGUAUUGGUGGAUCCAGACGAACAACGUUACCAAUUGUUGUAUCCUCUUUUUGUUCUGCUGAUGCUGUCAUUAAUAAUAAUAAAUCACCAUUUAAUUUCGGUAACAACAAUAUACCUCAACUGCCAGCGGCUCAACAUCUUAUCAACUAUCAUCACCAGGAUCACACUAGUAAUAAACAUUCAUUUUUGUACACGAGUAAUCUCCAGCAGCAGCAGCAGCAGCAGCAGCAGCAACAAGACACCGGGGCUGAUAGUGAUACCAACAGCCAUUGCGCUCUGAUCCUCGAGGAGUCCUCGACGCCGACCCCCCCGGUCACCCAGAGGAACUGUCAUCAUCCGCUGAUCACCGGUCUCAGGGAGAGCAAGAGCAAAAACAACGGAAAUAAUAACUACGAAAUGCGGGAGUUUAACCGGCGGUACUUGAUAGCCAAUGGCGACCCUUCCAGCCCGGCAAUCACCGGCAAUCAGCCCGGUAUUAAAAUCAUCACCCAAAGCAAACGAACUUGA